AUAUGGUGGAAGGUUUACGGAUUCACUCAGAUCUACACGCAAUGCAUCUAGAGAGCAAAGGCCACUGUUGGGAGACGGAGAAGGAAGCUGUGGUAUCUUAAAAGAUAUACCUCGAAGAGUUUCUUUUUCUAUCCACAUCUUGUUCAAUGUCCCAAGUCUCAGUAGUACCUUGCAAGGCAGAGUUCUUGGGCAAGGCACUUAUGCCGUAGUUAAAGAGGCCCAGCAUAUCGAAACUGGGCGACUUUAUGCCGUAAAGAUCAUCAACAAAAAGUUGAUGCAUGGAAGAGAGGACAUGGUUCGCAAUGAAAUCACGGUUUUGAAAAGAAUAUCUCAAGGCAAUCCAAAUAUUUUGACCUUGCAUGACUAUUUUGAGACUAUGAACAAUCUGUAUUUGGUGACAGAUCUGGCACUUGGUGGAGAACUCUUUGAUCGUAUUUGUGCUAAAGGCAAUUAUUAUGAAAACGAUGCUGCUCAUCUUAUUAAAAUUAUAACAUCAGCUGUUGCAUAUCUUCAUAAUCAUGGAAUUGUUCAUCGUG